AGGGGUUUCCUGUUGUUGUGGGGGUGAUAGGACUAAGCUCUAUAUAGGGAGGAGGCCGUAGGGAAGAUCCCACAGCACUUUUGGGACAAGCGAUCAGCAAACAGCCCCGUGCCCCACUGGGCCUCUCUCAUUCUGCAGCCAGCAUUUAACCCGAGCUGCAUUGGAUCGUUCAGUGGACAUGGAACGGCCGUCGCUGCAGCCCCUGAAGUGAGAGACCAGACGUGGCACCAACUCAGCAACAUCUGACUAACACGGCUGCUACUCUGAAACCUGAGUUAAUUCUGUGUCCUUGUUUUAGAGUGGACUCUCCCUCCCCCAGCCAAGCAGGGAUCUCACCUGGAAGUCGCUUGUGACUGAAGUGCACGUCCUACGUCUGUACGAAGAUGAAUUUCCUGGAAAUAGUGUGCAGCAAUGCAGCAAAUGAAAAAACAUGCUGCAGUCAUACAGAAUAUAGACAUCCACUGUUCUUAGCGCUAACAAAGGAAAAGAGAAGAACUGCAGAAGCAGCAAAGCAGAGUGCACUGGAGAUCCUGAGAGAUGCCCUCAAGAAGAAUCAAGUCCUUGUGGAAAAGCCUACGGAGUGGCUUCUCCGUAACAAUGGAGAUCCCAAGUUCUGGAUGCUGACAGCCGAGUUGGUUAGAGACCUCAUCUCAGUGCUUGAGGCGGUGACGUUUAUGGAGGACCUUUCUGAAAAGAAUAUUUUUGCAAGAGUUUAUCCAAAAUCUGAAGACAAAACCAUUUAUUUGGGCCCACAAUUCUGGGAGGCUUCUAAACAUCUUGCCAAAGAUUCCCAGCCGGGAAUGCUAAUCCACGAAGCAUCUCACUUCCUGCGUACAGAUAUCAUCACUUAUGAGGAUGUCUCUGUUGAUCGCAGAGCGCUGAUGGAAACAACUAAUUCAAUGAGUCUGCAUAAUGCAAACUUUGCUCCACUUUCAGGAGCAGUAUUAAAUGCUAACAUUGAAUACGUGUUUGAACUUACCCUAAAUCACAAAGGAAAAUACGAGAAUGCACAAUACUCGUGUUGUGGGGAAAUAGCGAGGAAUUCAGUCUGUGAGAAAGCUGUGCCUGCUGAAUUUUUCAGUAGCCCUUUCAAUGGAAGUUUGUCAAUAAGUCCAGACAUUGAAGAAAUACUGAAGGAGUCAUUAUUGCCAGCAACAGGCAGAGUGAGGAGACUCUUAGAUGAGCUUCGGGAAAUUGCAGAUGCUAUUGACAAGAUCCACAAAGGAGCGACAAUAGCAAAUGUUGCUGGAGGGACAGUGGGAAUUGCCGGGGGGAUAACGACCAUCGUAGGCCUCUGUCUCGCUCCUUUUACAUUUGGAGCAUCCCUGAUAGUCUCUCUUACGGGGUUUGCUGUUGCUACAGCAGGGGGAUUGACCAGUGCAGCCGCAACCACCACAGAUAUGGUGGCAAGUAAAGUCAAGAAGGAGACAGUAGAGAAGCUCUUACUGGAGUGCCAGGCCGAGCUGGAAAAUAUCAAAGACUAUACAGAAAGCAUAACUGAAAAAAUCCACAGAUUGAAAGAUUAUGAAAAUAAUGGGUUUGUGUUUGCAUUCGCACAGAUAGGGUCAGGGGCAGGACGAACUGUUCUUAACACCUUAAAAAUAGUCAAAGCUGGGCAGCUCCUGGCUAAUGCUGGUAGAAUUGCAAGAUUUGCAGGAGCUGCUACCCACAUUCUAACAGUUGUCACCCUGGGGUUAGAUGUUUUCUUUGUAGCAAGGGAUUCUAUGGAACUCCACAAAGGCGCAAAAACGGAGCUGGCAGCUAAAAUCCGAGAAGCCGUCAAUGAAAUGGAGCAAGUGAUUGGCGAAGUCAACGAAAUGUGCACGGCCCUAACCGCAAGUACACAAAAGUGAAUAUUGGGCAAAAAUCAGCGGCUCAGUCCUGCAAGAUGCUGAACGUCCAUCCCCACUGCCUUCCACAGGGAUUGGAGGGAUUCAGCACCCCACAUCAUCCUGCGCUUAUGCCUAGCAAGAGUGACGUUCCUAUAGAACACUCCCACUCCCGGUACCCAGCCCCCACACUCUUUAUUUAGUCACAGGCAUGAUUAUUACAUGUCACGUAGAUUAUUAAAACAAGGCCUAAAAUUACUCUUUGAAUUUCAUAGUAGCCGCAGUGGUUAAAGAAUUUUUCCACAAUUAGAAUCGUAACAGGGGUGCACAGAGCAUUCUGUAGUUAAGUUCCAGCUUCCUUUUCAACCUCAUUCUUUCCCCAGGACAGGUUUGUUUGUUUUUUUUGCAGCAAAUUCUGAACAUUUCCAUUUUUUUUGUUCAAAUUUGGCUUGCUUUGUAGAUCUCAUUGAGAGUUAACAGCCAGGUCUGAAGAAAGUAAAUUAUACUGUCUUAAUGUUAUGACCAUUUAACAUAGCUCAUAAUGCCCAAUAAGGUGUUUUAUUCCCUCAAAGGAAUUACCAUGCAGUCAACUCACUGAGUGGAUUUUUCAGACAAGAGCUUAAGCUGAAAUCUUGCCUGCUCUGCCUGCCUGUUAAAGAGAGCAGAUGAUGCCUCUCCUAAGUAGCUGUUUGCCCAAUGCCAUUGUACAAACGUUUACUUUGCUCUUGUGCAAUGUCCUGAGGGCCAGCUUGCUGCUGCCCUCGAACCAGAGGCCACUGCAGUUCAAUGGUUCUGCACUUAAACAAUGUAAACUGCUUCAGGACGAAAUAAAUCACAUGAACGUAAAUAUUACUGUCACUCUACUCAGGUAGAAACAGUUGAACCUGGAUGGCUGCUUUAGGGCUUGAGCCAGCACCGAGCACUCUGGUCCAGGGAUGUCAGUGGGACCAUAUGGAUCCUGAAAAUUAAACACACACUUGAAUGCUUUGUUGGAUCAGGAUCAGAGCGCUCUGGAAUGAGCCCUUGCUGAGAAGCCUGUCAAGGAAAUUGUUUUAUCCAACAAUAGCACAACUUCCAGCUAAAGGGAAUUAAUUUACCCUAUUGCCAAGUAGUUAAAUGGAGUUCAAAAAGGAAUUUAAUAGUGUGAAAUUCUAUGUUCUGGUCUUUUAAUACACCUGUUGCCAAAUAAAGAUGAAGGACCUGAUCUGAAGCAUGUGGCUUGAUUUUUAAGCCUUAAUGAGCUUUAUAAAUGAGUCAGAUACAUAGUGUCUUUGAGGUCUCCCCAGCUUUCUUCCUCCAGUUGUACCUUGCUCAUGAGGUGCAAUGAGGCACUAUGCUACUGAAGGCAUAAAACCAUUCUGUCUCCAGGUGGCUAGGAGACUGUUCCAGCCGAGUGGAUCAUGACCUGGCCUUAGUAAUACAAGACACUGUCACCUCUCAGAUGGAUACAGCAAUGCAAUGUACCUGGGCAUGAAACCUCCAGCGCUCACGAAACUCCAGCUAGUACAGAACGCUGCAGCCCAUCUCCUCAGCAAUACAGGCUACUGCAGGCACAGCACACCUUCCCUCCGUUCCUACACGGGCUUUCCAAAUCAAGUUCAAGCUCUCGGUCCCUAUAUUCGAAGCGUUCCACAGGUGGGCUCAAGGUGUCUAAAGCAGCCUAAAGCUCCAGGACGAAGACCAUGAUUGACAGCUUUGCUCCUCUGGCACAAUGGAGCUCCCUGCCAUACGGGUAAAAUGUAUCCUGCAGGAGACAGAACUUUCUCAAGGGCUGGUCUAAGACUGUGGACUGAACUCCAACAGGAACUAAGGACCAUCAGAAACCUCACCACCUUCUACUCCAAGUGCCAGGCACACUUUCCCCCGCUCUCACUAAUGGCAGCAGACAGCACACAAAAAUAUAGAACCUUAUUUUUAAAUCCACAUGCAAUUCUCCCUUGGGGAGAAGAUAAGAGGAAAAGAGAACCACACGUGACAGACGCCUGUCGCGUCACUCGGUGCUCUUCUGGAAGGCUCUCAAAUAGUGCUGUGAGAUGGAUAGUAUUAGAACCUGUCUAGAAUAGAAUCAUGGUCUUGAUCACCUGUGGUCUUUAAAUAUCUCAUGGGAGCCAUUAGGGUGUUUCAGCCAAACUCAGUCUCUAAAAAUGCUGUCUCCCCUGUUCCUCCUGCAGCUGCCGUUAGACGUGGUGUUCUUCACUUUGGGCCCAUCGCAGCUGCGUGCUAUCAGUCAGCGUUUACAUUUGGCCCCAGUCACAAAUGAAGGAAUCUAUUCAUUACUUAGAUUUGUAACAUAAAAAGGCACCAUUUACCGUUUGUUUGUAUGUAGCGGCCACUCCCCCCCCCCCC